CGCAACGCAUCCUUACCUGCUACCCAAGGGGAGGUCAUGGUAUUGAAAAGUACCGGGGGGUCUGCAUGACAGCCUUGCCCUCAUUCUUGAUAUGCCUGAGAUGUGUGACGUCACAUUCCUGGUCGGGAGGAGGCAUGUGCCUAUCUAUGGCGUCAAGGCUAUUCUGGCUACAAGAAGCAGGUGCUUGUAUCAACUGAUUCUUCACCACCAAAGGAAGGCGGAGGCCGAAUCAUCCAACAAGAAGUCAAAGAAAGGAAAUCGUUCCCCCCUGCCCCAGAAGCUAAUGAUCGACGUGCAGGACUACUCUGUGGAGGAUUUCAGGAAGUUCAUCACAUUCGUACACUCAGGAAAGGUCAAGAUUGACAUCAACAACGUAAUCGGUCUACUCUGCGCUUCUGUCGAAUAUGGAUUCCCCGACCUUCAGACCGCCUGCACAAAGUUCAUCCAAAGAUCACAGGAUCAUGGUGAAGGCAAACACAUUCUUGAUUCAGCUUGGAACUAUCAACACAAGAGGGUGUCCCAGAAACUCAUCUGCAAGCUCACAAGCCAACCAAAGGUGUUCAAUUGAUAAUUAAUGCAUUCCACGACAUGGGUGCCUUUGUUAGUCCAGGUAAUACAUACGUUGUGCGAGAGCAAGGACGACCCGAACCUGGAUAUGCGUACCCCUUCAAAACAAGGGAUCAACAUAGUGCUGCAAAUAUGUGAUUACCCGCCGAAACGCGGGCAUAGUGUGCUAUUGGUCAUUAGUGACCUCGUGACCUACUUCUACCCUGGACGUCAAAACGUCAACGAAGUUAUCCACGGUGUAUUGGAGGCUGGUAUUACUAAGUAAUAUAUAUUACUAUUACGUAAAAAGUAAUGUAUUUUAGUACAUGUACAUUUUUUUAAGCUCUGUGAGAGAAUGUUGA